AUGUUACUUCGGACAGUAACAGCCGCCACGGCCGAGACAACCAUCUCACUGAUAAACAACAAGAACACCUUCUUCGAUCUCUUCAAAACAUCAACUUCCAUCUCUCACCUUACCCAAACCCACACUCAGAUCAUCCUCAAUGGCUUCCAAAACGACAUCCAAUUACUCACAAAACUCACCCAACGACUCUCCGACCUCGGCGCCAUUCACCACGCUCGCAACCUCGUCCUCUCCUUUCCAAAACCUGACGUCUUCCUCUUCAACGUCCUCAUGCUCGGCUUCUCCAAAAACGGAUCACCUCACUCUUCGCUCUCUCUAUUCACUCACUUAAGGAAACACACUGAUCUCAAACCCAAUAGCUCCACUUACACCUACGCUAUCUCCGCCGCAUCGGGGUCUCGUGACGAGAGAGCUGGCCGUGUUGUUCAUGGACAAGCGGUUGUUGAUGGGUUUGACUCGGAAUUACACGUUGGCUCGAAUAUCGUUAAGAUGUACUUCAAGUUUUCGCGGGUGGAUGAUGCGCGGAAGGUGUUCGAUAGAAUGUCUGAGAGAGAUGUGGUUUUGUGGAAUACUAUGCUUUGUGGAUACAGAGAGAAUGAGAUGUAUGAGGAGUCUGUUAAGGUUUUCAGGGAUUUGAUUAACAAGAGCUGUACACGAUGGGACGCAACGACUGUGUUGAAUAUACUCCCCGCUGUUGCGGAGUUGCAGGAGCUGAGGCUUGGGAUGUUAAUCCAUAGUCUUGCGAUUAAGACAGGGUGCUAUUCUCAUGAUUUUGUUCUUACGGGUUUCAUCUCGUUGUACUCGAAAUGUGGAAAGGUUGAAGCUUUGGAUACUCUGUUUCGGGAGUUUUGUACACCGGAUGUAGUAGCUUACAAUGCAAUGAUUCACGGGUACAGUUCAAAUGGCGAGACUGAGCUAUCUUUAAGACUGUUUAAAGAGAUGGUUUUAUCGGGAGAAAGGUUGAACUCAAGUACGUUGGUGAGUUUGAUCCCUGUCUCUGGUCAUCUUAUGCUUGUAUAUGCCAUUCAUGGUUACAGCUUGAAAUCAGGUUUCUUGUCUCAUGAGUCUGUUCCUACCGCAUUAACCACGGUUUACAGUAAACUGAACGAGAUGGAAUCGGCUAGAAAGGUUUUUGAUGAGUGUACGAACAAAAGCUUGGCGUCUUGGAACGCAAUGAUCUCUGGUUUCACUCAAAACGGGGUGACAGAGGAUGCGAUAUCUCUGUUCAGGGAAAUGCAGAAGUCUGAGUUUCGUCCAAACCCCAUCACGAUAACUUGUAUUUUUUCAGCUUGUGCGCAGUUAGGAACUUUGAGUUUGGGGAAAUGGGUACAUGGUCUUGUAAGGAGCACAGAUUUUGAGUCUAGCGUAUAUGUGUCUACAGCUUUGAUUGGUAUGUAUGCAAAGUGUGGAAGCAUUGAAGAAGCGCGGCGGUUGUUUGACUUGAUGCCGAAGAAGAAUGAAGUUACAUGGAACACAAUGAUAUCCGGUUAUGGACUCCAUGGACAUGGACAUGAAGCUCUGAAUAUCUUCUCUGAGAUGUUGAGUUCCAGCGUUGCACCGACGCCAGUCACUUUCCUCUCUGUUCUUUACGCUUGUAGUCAUGCUGGUCUUGUCAAGGAAGGUGAUGAGAUAUUCAAUACCAUGAUCCACCAGUAUGGUUUUGAACCAACGGUCAAGCAUUACGCCUGUAUGGUUGAUAUUCUUGGCCGAGCAGGGCAUUUGCAGAGAGCAUUGCAAUUUAUAGAGGCAAUGCCUGUUGAGCCGGAUCCUUCCGUGUGGCAAACACUGCUUGGAGCUUGUAGGAUCCACAAAGACACAAACCUUGCACGUACUGUCUCUGAGAAGCUGUUUGAGCUAGAUCCAGACAAUGUAGGCUACCAUGUUUUGCUGUCGAAUAUUCACUCAGCUGAUAGAAAUUAUCCACAGGCUGCUACGGUAAGGCAAGAAGCAAAGAAGAGGAAACUAGCCAAGGCUCCUGGUUAUACCUUGAUAGAAAUCGGUGAGACGCCUCAUGUCUUUACCUCAGGUGAUCAGUCACAUCCACAGGGGAAAGCAAUCUAUGAGAAGCUAGAGGAGCUUGAAGGGAAGAUGAGGGAAGCUGGGUAUCAACCAGAGACGGAGUUGGCCUUGCACGACGUGGAAGAGGAAGAAAGGGAGCUGAUGGUGAAAUUUCACAGUGAGAGGCUAGCCAUUGCCUUUGGACUCAUUGUCACCGAACCAGGAACUGAAAUCCGGAUCAUAAAGAAUCUCAGGGUCUGUUUAGACUGUCACGCCGCAACCAAACUCAUCUCAAAGAUCACAGAUAGAGUGAUAGUUGUAAGAGACGCCAACCGCUUCCACCAUUUUAAAGACGGUGUGUGUUCUUGCGGAGAUUAUUGGUAG